AUGCACUUCUCCACCUUCACCUCACUGGCUGUGAUUCUGGGCGCGGGCGUCCCCUCUUUGGCAUGCGGAAUCAACAGAGCUGCCGACCAAGGUCCCGGUCCGAGCCUCGCCCUCUCUCGGCGUCACAUCAGAAUGUCAAAACGCCAGACUCGCCCGCCGGGGACUGAUCCUCUCAAAACUCUCCGCAUACUCAACCCACAUCCGGGAAUCUUUGCCUACUACGACGGCCGUACAGGCGAACGAUUUCAUUCGGAUCAGUCCAACUGGCUUGACGAUGGCGCCUUCACCCUGGGAGUUUCCACAUACUCCAUCGUGUCGGGCGACACGGCCCUCCUCUACGAUGCAGCCAUCACCGAGUCGCACGCACAGGCCAUGAUCACGCACUUGAAAUCCAUGGGCGUCACCAAGACGACCACGGUCUACAGCCACUUCCACACCGACCACGUCGCCGGCGCCGGCGCCCUGCAGCGCGCCGGCACAAACUUCACCGGCCAUGAGCUCACAGUGAGCACGCUGAAAAGUCAGGCUGCAGACUACGCCGCCCUGGACCCGCCCAUCCCGAACGUCUUCCCGCCGACCACCACCUACAAGGACGUGGCGACGGUCCAGGUCGGCAACCGCACGGUGGAGAUGCACCACUUCCACAUCCACACCACCGACGGGACGGUCCUCUACCUCCCCAAGGAGCAGAUCCUUUUUGCCGGAGACACCCUGGAGGACACGGCAACCUUCAUCGCCGAGCCCGGGUCCAUCGACACCCACGUCAAGGAACUCCAGCGCAUGGCGACGCUGCCGAUCGCCAAGAUCCUGCCGGCCCACGGCAGCCCGGACCGUAUAGCUGCGGGAGGCUACGGGCCCGAGUUCAUCAACGCCACCGUGCGCUAUCUCAACGCCGUGAACUCGCCAGUCGCCGAGCCACCUGCCUGGAACCAGAAGCUGGAGGAGGUGGUCAAGGAUGACGUCGCCGCCGGCAACCUGAUUUACUUUGCGCAGUACGAGGAGGUUCACCGGUCCAACGUGCAGGGUAUACAGCAAGUGAGAAGCGGCGGCGGUCAAGAGUAA